GUAAAGAGCUCCGCAACGUGACUGCUAAAACGUUGAGCGCGAAACGUGCAACGUGAAACUUGCUUUGCAGCAACGACUACAAAGCGAAAGUUAAACGACAACUCUGAACAAUGGCUAACUUAAAACCCAAUACGCUGCACGUGGACAACUUGAGCCCGCGACAGCGCAGCUUGAGCAGCGGUCUGAGCAGUGCCUGCAGCUCGGGCAGCGUAUCCCCCGUGCCCAUCAUACCGAUCAUUUCGAUAAGCCGAGAUGGCGAGGACUCGGAGACAGAGUCCGAAAUUGAGACGGAGCCGGCGCGCAUAUUUCAUCGACGCAUGUCCACCAGCAGCAAGCGCAACAACAAUAUGGCGGCCAUCAUCAGAGAGGGCUAUUUACUGAAGCACACUUGGUCCUUUCAGCGCUGGCGUCGUCGUUAUUUUCGUCUAAAGCGCAGUCAUUUAUAUUAUGCCAAGAACGCCAAGUGCGAUGUAUUCGAUGAGAUUGAUCUUUCGGAACUGUGUUAUUUCGAGUGCAGCAUUAAGAACGUAAAUCACAGCUUUCAGACGCAGCAGCGGCGAACAUGA